AUGCUCCCGUGGUCGGUAGCUACCCUGUCCUCGACUACGAGGUACAGAGCGAGUUCUCGAGCGACGGACGAAAACGAAAGCGGGUCAUUCGUGCCUGUGACGAGUGUAAGUACCGGACGUGCCUCCGGCGGCUGGGGCUCCGCCCCAGACCCCGCUGCUCCUCUCGCUUCGCUCGAGUCGGUUGCGUCGACGGUCCCUGCAAUCUCCUGCGAAGCAGGAGCAACGGGGUCUGGGGCGCAGCCCCAGCCGCCGGAGGCUUGCGAUGGCAAGCAGCCAUGUACCCACUGUUCGGUGUAUUCGUACGAGUGUACUUACGACCAGCCGUCGAACAGAAAGAAAGCACCGGACGGGUUGAAGACUGAGACGAAGUUGAAGUGUGCCGAGUCGGUUCUUGAGCAGUUGCUACCGGGGGUUGAUAUUUAUUCGCCGACUUUUGAUUUACAGGCCGCGUUGGCCAGUGUCAAGUCAGGCACGCCGGGAGCCAGUGCCGCUACUAGUGCUUCUAAAAGUAAACGGUCACCAGCAGCAGGAUUCGCUGCUCUGCGAAGUGAGUCGAAUGCCGGUUCGGUGCUUCAGUCACCGAGCAGCGACAACUCAGCUGAGUUCAGGAUCAUUCUGCCACCGAAGUUUGUCGCGGUGCAGUUGAUCGAGGCAGUAUGGGAGAAUGCAUGUGUGUUGUUCCGGUUUUAUCACCGACCAUCGUUCAUUCGAGACCUGGAUUUACUGUAUGAAUCGGAGCCUGAAGAUUAUACUGAUAAGCAGUAUCGGAUAUUACCGCUGGUGUACUCGAUUAUGGCGGUGGGUGUGCUCUUUUCCAUGGAUAAGAGCGAACAAUUGGGAUUUAAAGACGCCAGUGAAGGAUAUAAAUACUUUGUGGCUGCCAGACGACUCAUCGAUAUAACAGAUACCCGGGAUGUGCAUGCUAUUCAGUCGAUAGUCAUGAUGAUCCUGUUUCUACAGUGCUCAGCUCGUCUAUCGACGUGCUAUUCAUAUAUUGGAAUAGCUCUUCGAGCGGCACUACGAGCCGGUCUACAUCGUAAAGUCAAUUAUAACUUCAAUCCAAUCGACUUGGAAACCAGGAAACGGCUGUUCUGGACUAUUCGGAAAAUGGAUGUGUAUGUAAACUCUGUUCUUGGUCUGCCUCUUAGCAUCAGUGAAGAAGAUUUCGACCAGGAUCUGCCCGAAGAAAUCGAUGAUGAAAAUAUCACUGAAGACGCUUACUACCCACAAAAGGAAAACAAACUGUCGUCUGCUGGUAUUGCCAAUGCCCAUACAAGACUCAUGACGAUUUUAGGCCAUAUUUUGAAGAAAAUCUAUCCAGUGAAUCCAGGUGGAGUGUCUUCUACCGUCAACAACCCCACUGGAACUACAUCUAAUUCCAGCACCAACGGUGAACAUCCUGGCAAAGCAUCCAGUAUCACUUACUCUAAGAUCGUGGAGCUGGAAAAGGAGAUUGACGAAUGGCAACAGUCGCUUCCUGAUCAAUUAAAACACGGUGCUGAUGUAAGAGCAGAAUAUCUAAAAGCAAACAGACUGCUCAGUCUGGCUUAUUGUUAUGUGCUGAUAUUACUCUAUCGACCGUUUAUCCAUUAUCUCAGUCCCAGCUAUGGUCAUGGUCACCAACCAGCAGCUAACUAUGGGGAUGAGAGAGCAAAGUAUUACGCCCGAAAGUGUAUUGUCGUUUCCAGACAAGUGGUUCACAUUGCUCAUGAUAUGGUGUCUCACGAGAUGCUUAAUGGAGCAUACUGGUUUUCUGUCUACACGGUGUUUUUCUCGGUGGCCUGCUUAGUGUUUUAUUCGCACGAGAAUUUCAACGAACCCGAUGCUCUUGAAGUCCAGCUGGAUGCCGAGCUUGGAAAGAGUGCUCUAGACAAGUUGAAAGACAACAGUACGUCUGCAUCCAGGACAUACAAUCUUCUCAACGGAAUGUUUGACCAGCUGAACAAGCGAACAGCCAAGCUUCGAAACGCACUUGCUACUAAAGAAGGGGCUGCUGCCGGAUCAGAAAACAUCAACAGUGCUAUUGUAAGCUCAGUGUCGAUGCCUGAGGUCGCCAACUAUGGAACAGGAGACGAUUCUGCCGACGGACUGCAACGACGUGCUAGUGUAGUGUUCCCUGAUGGCGGCAAGCUUUUAGAACGACUCGAGUUUCUUGCCCAAGGAUUCCCUGCUGUCGGUGGUUUCCAAAUUCCUGCCACGCAAUCAGCAUCCAACGACCAUGCCAACAGCAACACAACUACUUCAUCGAAUCCUACAACAGUUACCACUGCUGCUACUUCUGACAAUGACGCUGCUAGCGAACACAAUGCUUCACUUCUAACUGGUGAUAUCAAUCCUGCCGCUACCACGACCACGGCGACUGGAAUUGAACCCAUCACUGCCGACGGUGCGCUGUCCAUCUCGUCGACCGAUUUCAUUCCACAAAACUACGUUCCUGGACUGAUGGACCAGGUCGACACCCAGCUGUUCGGCCGGUUUCUGCCCCCGUACAUGAUGCAGUCUGCCAACACCACCACUGCACCACACCACACUACCCAGUCCGACCCGUUCGCCAGCACCACCAACUCCACUUCUGCCGUCAACGAUGAGCUACCCGAAGACGUGCGACGAGGCAGCAUCUCGUCCAUCUUCUCCUCGCGAAGCUGGGACGACUUCAUCUCGCAAAACGCCGAGCUCUCGGGCAUGAACAGCUUCAUGAACUUUUAA